AUGCUCGUGACGCGAAAGGAUACUGUGUUGCACCUACUGCAAGACCCAGACGCCAACUAUGACCUGGAUCAUGCCAUGGUUCUGAUGCAGAUGUACUCGUUCAAUCCAGGGGUUAUCUACCUGUUUGAGAAGGCUAAGCUGUAUACGAACAUCAUACAGGACUACAUGGAGAAAGAGGAGUACGGUCAG